AUGGGCAAAAAUAUUGAAUAAGAAGAAUUGGAAAACAAUAAGACAAAAGAGCAGGUUUUAACAAUCAAAAAGAAUAGAAUCACCAAAAUUGCCAAAUCCAUUAGAAAACUAGUUGUUUUAGACUAAAAACAAAUCAAAAAGGCAAUAAAUGCUUUAUUGAAAUACAGAGAAUCUACUACCACUGACAACAUCCUCGACAUUAAAGAUGAUUUUAUUUAUCUAGAAAUUGUCUUAAACAAAAUGCCAAUCAAUUAUUCAUUGAGACCUGUUUAGAUUAAAUUGCCAAAUGCCAUUUACAAUUAGGAGAUGAAUUCCAAGUUUUGUGUAAUCAGCACAAAUCCUCAAAGAUAAUUCAAAGACUAAAUUUGUGAAUUCGAUAUACCACUAAUCUAAAAAGUAAUUGGUUAUGGCAAAUUGAAUAAAAAAUAUCCAACUUACACUGACAAAAGAAAACUCUUUUAUGAAUACGAUUAAUUCUUUUGUGAUCAAAGGAUAUACGGAAAUUUAGCAAAGGGAUUAGGAAAAAUCUUCUAUUACAGAAAAAAAAUACCUUUUCCCAUCAAUUGUGAAAACAUCACCUAAGAAACUUUGAAUGAUUUAUCCAACUACACUUAUUUUAUAUAAGGAAAUGGCCCUGUAUAUACUCUUAAAAUUGGCAGAGUUGCAUAGACUCCAGACUAAAUUACAUAAAAUGUUUUGGCAGCAGCUUAUGAAGUCUUGCCUUAAAUUUUAUAAGAAAAAGGAAUGAGCUUAAGUUGCUUAAGAUAAUUAAAUGUCAAGUUGUCAAGUUCAAUAUCCUUACCAUUCUUUUCAAGACUUAGUGUUAGAGAGAUAGAAGCAUGGAAAAAUCAAUGA